CUCACUCCAGUUCCCUCAAUCCAUCUCACCAAAUCCAUCCAUCCAUCCAUCACCAAAAACAAACCCUAAUUUUACAAAACAAAUCCUCACCACAUUAAUUAAUCAAUUAAUAAUUAUUAAUGGCAGACGCAUACUGUUCCGACUGCCGGAAAUCAACCGAAGUCGUAUUCGAUCAUUCCGCCGGCGACACCGUCUGUUCCGAAUGCGGUCUCGUUCUCGAAUCCCAUUCAAUUGACGAAACCUCCGAGUGGCGUACUUUCGCUAAUGAAUCCGGCGAUAAUGAUCCCGUCCGUGUUGGCGGUCCCACUAACGUUCUCUUGAAUGACGGCGGUUUAUCCACCGUUAUCUCCAAACCUAACGGCGUUACUAGUGAUUUUUUGUCUUCGUCUUUAGGCCGUUGGCAGAACCGCGGCUCGAAUCCUGAUCGCUCGCUUAUUAUGGCUUUUAAAACCAUUGCUACUAUGUCUGAUCGGUUGGGCCUUGUUGCAACAAUUAAGGAUCGUGCUAAUGAGAUAUUUAAGAAGGUAGAAGAUCAGAAGUCGAGUAGAGGGAGAAAUCAAGAUGCCAUUUUGGCUGCCUGUCUUUACAUUGCUUGUCGUCAAGAAGAUAAGCCACGGACCGUAAAGGAAAUCUGCUCGGUUGCCAAUGGAGCAACAAAGAAGGAAAUUGGUCGGGCUAAAGAAUACAUUGUCAAACAACUAGAGCUUGAGAUGGGUCAGUCAGUGGAGAUGGGUACUAUACAUGCUGGUGAUUUUAUGAGGCGUUUUUGUUCCAAUCUUGGCAUGACCAAUCAAACAGUUAAAGCUGCCCAGGAAUCUGUCCAAAAGUCGGAAGAGUUUGAUAUAAGGAGAAGUCCAAUUUCUAUCGCUGCAGCUGUUAUCUACAUUGUAACUCAACUUUCGGAUGAUAAGAAGCCCCUCAAAGAUGUUGCACUUGCAACUGGAGUUGCAGAAGGGACAAUCCGAAACUCUUACAAGGAUCUUUAUCCUCAUUUGGUGAAAAUAAUACCUUCCUGGUAUGCCCAGGAAGAGGAUCUCAAGAACCUCACCAGCCCUUGAACACACAUUUAUGAUUUAUGCUGGACAAAAAAAAAAACGAUUUGCUUUUCAACAUGUUUGGCCUUCAAGCCCUUUAUAUGAGGUUUUCCCCCGUUGUUGCGAUGGUUAUACAAUACAGCAAAACAUGGUCGUUCCCUCUCCCCUCCCUUUCUUUCACAAAUGUAGUUUACUAGGGGAGUGGCUCAUGUUUUGGACAUUUUUUUCUAUUCAAAAAGAUCUGUAAGUUGUACAUUUCAUCUGUUUCAUGAACAUACUCUCGUUCAACAUACAAGCCAAUUCCAUUCUUGUCCUUUGCCCA